UACAAUGAGCGGUAAAUAUAGUUUGAUAAUAACAGCUGGUUAGUUCAUCAUAGUUGUGAGCUUAUUAGAUAUUUAAAAUUAUCGGUAAUUUUGUAUUAUUAAUUCUAGAAAAUUGGUUUUCUUGACUCACCAAGUACAAUAGUGUCUAGAAAACUAGUCAGGAUGAGUGCUUUGAUUAACCGUAGAAAGCGUAUUCGACUGAAUUCAGAGACCCUAAAUGAAGAAGAUAUAACUCUAAAUGUUAAUGAUAAUAGUAUACAAGAUAGUAUUAUAUCUGAAGAUAAUAGUACACAUAAUAAAGAAGAAAAUGACUUUGAACUUGACUCUGAGCAAGAUGACCCUACAGGUUUGGAAGGAGCAGCUUUUCAUAGUCGGUUACCUUUUGAUAAAAUGACAUCAAAUGAAGCAUAUUGUUUUCCUGAUGUGGCUCAUGGACCAACUCAAACUCAAAAAGUUUUCUUGCAUAUUCGCAAUCGUUUGUUACAGCAAUGGUUAGAUAAUCCAAAACAACAACUAUUAUUUGAGGCAUUAUUGCCUAUAAUUGAACCACCAUUUAAUACUGAUAAAAUUCUCAUUCAGAGAAUUCAUGCAUAUUUAGAACGCCAUGGAUACAUAAAUUUUGGUGUUUUUAAGAGAUUAAAAACUGUACCUUCAAAAAAAGUUGGGAAAGCAAUAGUAAUUGGUGCUGGUAUUGCUGGAUUAGCUGCUGCUCAACAAAUGCAGCAGUUUGGUAUGGAAGUUGUUAUACUUGAAUCUCGAGAUCGUGUUGGUGGUCGUAUUGCUACAUUUCGUAAAAAUACGUAUGUUGCUGAUUUGGGUGCAAUGGUAGUCACAGGUCUUGGUGGUAAUCCAGUGACAGUGUUAUCUAAACAAAUUAAUAUGGAGCUUCAUCGAAUUAGACAAAAGUGUCCUCUUUAUGAGCCAGGGAAAUUGAACGCAUUAGUUUCAACUCAAGUUCCAAAGGAUAAAGAUGAAAUGGUUGAAAAAGAAUUUAAUAGACUCUUGGAAGCUACUAGUUACCUUUCUCAUCAUUUAGAUUUAAAUUAUUGUAACGGAAAACCUGUUUCAUUGGGUCAUGCACUUGAAUGGGUUAUAAAGUUACAAGAAAAACAUGUGAAACAAAAGUUAAUACAAUACAUGAAAAAUUAUGUGGCUGCACAGGAACGUUUAAAAAAUAUUUAUAAAAAAAUGCUUCAAAUUCAAGAAUUAUUAAAAGAUUUAUCAACUCAGCAGAGAGAUAAUGAAGAAAAAAAAGAUUCUGAUGUAAAUGCAAACUUUGCUUACAGAGUUGCUACUAGAGAAAUAGCCAUUAAUAUCAAUCAAUGGGAUGAACUCUUAGGGAAAAAGACUGAACUUGAAGAAAAAUUGAAAGAAUUGGAAGCUUCACCGCCAAGUGAUGUUUAUUUGUCGUCAAAAGAUAGGCAAAUUUUGGAUUGGCAUUUUGCAAAUUUAGAAUUUGCUAAUGCAACGCCGUUGAGUAAUUUAUCAUUAAAACAUUGGGACCAAGAUGACGAUUUUGAAUUUACUGGGAAUCAUCUAACAGUGCGCAACGGAUAUUCAUGUGUUCCUGUCGCUUUGGCUGAAGGACUGGACAUUAAACUAAACACUGCAGUCAAACACAUCCAUUACGGUCCCAACGGCGUCGAAGUAUCCACUUACAAUCCGCGUUCUAGCAACGCUGCUGGACAAACCUACAAAGGUGAUGUCGUUCUCUGCACAUUGCCCCUGGGAGUAUUAAAACAAUCGACCAAUCAAAAAACUGAAUCGCUUCCUAAUACUAUUAAAUUUUCGCCGCCAUUGCCCGAGUGGAAGGUUGCUGCUAUUCAACGUCUUGGUUUUGGAAAUUUGAAUAAAGUCGUCUUGUGUUUUGAUCGAAUUUUUUGGGACCCCAACGGAAAUUUGUUUGGACACAUCGGUACUACCACUUCCAGCCGAGGAGAACUGUUUUUGUUUUGGAAUUUGUAUCGAGCUCCCGUUCUUUUAGCUUUGGUGGCCGGCGAAGCUGCUAAUGUUUUAGAAGAAGCUACGGAUGAUGUUAUUACAGCCCGUUGUAUGUUAGUAUUGAGAGGUAUAUUUGGCACUGCAAACGUUCCAGAUCCUAAAGAAACUGUCGUGACACGCUGGAGAUCUGAUCCAUGGGCUAGAGGAUCUUAUUCUUUUGUAGCCGUAGGCGCUUCUGGAUCUGACUAUGACUUACUAGCUGCUCCCGUAUCUGCUACACAGUCGGAUAAUUCAGACGAGCCACCAGCAUUGGAUGGUAGUGAACGAAUUUUUUUCGCAGGUGAGCACACCAUACGAAAUUAUCCAGCUACGGUACACGGUGCUUUUCUAAGUGGACUUCGCGAGGGCGGUAGAAUUUGCGAUAAGUUACUAGGAUGCCCUUAUGCGGUUCCUAAAUCUCCUUAAUAAACGGUUUCCUUAUUUCAAUACGUCAUACACACUAUAAUUUUUUAAUUUUUGUUCAUUUUCAAUUAUAAAAAUAUUUUAGCUUUAAGGUUUUGCGACAAUUAUCGUAUUAUACUUCACAAGAAGAUAUUUUUGUACUUUUCAUUAUAUGU